AUGUCGGGCGUCAGCGUUGGUAGCCGCAAAGGCGCAAGUCCCCAUGAUUUGGCUGCAGGAAGUGACAAUGAGGGCACGCCUCCAUCCGACGAAGCUUCUGAGCCCACUGGCUGCACCAUCGGCAUUGACUUCGGCCGUACAAAGUGCGAAGCUGCUGUUGUCGCUGAGGACGGGAGUGCAGCGUUGAUUCCAUUGGAGUUGCUAGCCCCAGAAAAGUGUUUCUCGCUGCCCAGCUACGUGUCCAUGGGGGCCACUGGUGAGUGGGAAGUCGGGUUGCAAGCGGUGAGUCGUGCUAAGGCUGGACACCCGUACACCGUGUACGACUUGACCAUGCUACUUGGCAAAAAGUUGGACGCGCUACGACAGCGAGACGUUGAGCGCUGGGCGUUCAUUCUCCGUUCCGGUGUUGCUGACAAAGCUGUGGUAGAAUGCCCCACCAAGAGCAAUACCCCUGAUCUGGCGUACCCUGAGCAACUCGUUUCCAAGCUUCUGUCCACGAUCAAGCAACGUGCCGAGGUCUUCACUGGAAAGCGCGUCACUGGUGCCGUAUUGAGCGUUCCAGCAGCGUACAACCGCACGCAGCGUCAGGCUCUUCGGGAUGCGUGCAGUAUUGCUGGGAUCCCUGUCGAGAAACUCGUGAUAUCGUCAUCGGCAUCUGCUGUUGCCCACGCAGACUCACUCACAGACGCAAACAGUAGCGAGAAGAUGGCGCUGGUAGUGGACUGCGGCGGUGGGAGUUUAGACGUUACUUUGGCUCGAGUUCGUGCAAAUGCGGCCGAGGACUCAUCUACGGGGAUCGAAAUUCAAGUUGAAGCGACAGCGGGUGAUCUCGAAACGGGAGGCGAAGCUCUCACCGAUCAGCUCUUCGACCAUUUCUACCAAGAAGCCAAGGCGUCCGACACGUCCACGAAGACAUCAAGCCCAGCAUUCUCCCGCCGUCUUCGACGUGCCUGUGUCUUGGCGCAGCGAAUCCUCUCCACAUCGCAACAAGCAGCAAUUGAUCUCCCGCCUUGGCUGCUUCGACGUGGAGCUCGCGGGUCAGGAUCAGCCACUGGAGCGGUCGCGGGGUUUAGUAGCAGCAUCUCGCGAGCAGAUUUUGAGACCUUGUGUGGAACAGAGCGAUGGAGUCGUCUACCAGAUACCGUCGACCAAGUUCUGGCGAGAGCGAAGGUGCCGAAAUUCCGUGAAGUGCUUGGAGACUGCUUCGCGGAGCACUGGAGCCGUAUCGUGGACCUACCCAAACACACUGUCGCAGUCGGAGCGGCCUUGAUCGCAGCUCAGAACGGUCGACACUCGUUGCUCUACGAGCCCACACCGUUGGCACUAGGUAUCCGCAGUGCCAGUGGAGACACACUGGUUGUGGUACCGCCCAGUACCCCGCUGCCAACGCGACAAUCGCGAGUCUACUACGCCAGUUGCCAGAGCGAGAUCACGUUCGACAUCCUGGAAGGCUUGGAGCAACAAGCGAACCAUAGUCCCGGAAACACCAGCAGCUUAGAGCAUUGCAUGGGUUCCGUGCCUAUCGACAAGACUCGUGCAUCUGCUCCGUUGAUAUUGAGGCUUGAGAUCGUGUUCGAGGUGGACGUGACCGACCGCUUGGCGGUUGUGGUCUCGGACAACUCAAAUAAUCGCACGACGCGGUUGGUCGUAGCUGGGGAUGAAACGUGUCUCUCACCUGAGGCCAUUGCACUGGCAAAAGCUCAUCUGAGUGAAACUCUGAAGAACUCUGGCGACGUGGAAAACGAAUCCAAACCCGCACCUCCGUCGUUGGCGUUGACAAUUUCUCCACAAAGUCUCGCACCUGUUGAAGCUUGUCCAAUUGACUCCCUGCGCUCCUGCGUAGCUGCGUUGGCACCUAUGGUGCAGACCAACCGCCCCAGCGUCUGCAUUCCACCUGGAGACGUGUUCAUCCUGCGUUCAAGAGUUGAACACGCGAGCGCGUGGCUAGCUCAAGUCGAUUCGAACGCGCUCAAUACCGACCAGCAACGACACAUGGCGCGCGAAUAUCUCCGUCAAAUCCGCGUGCUCCACCUCUCGAGCACUGCCAGCAGCGCCUUCUCUCAACUGCGUCAGGAACUGGACCUGCUCAACUAA